AUGGCUGUGCACAUAAAACAGUUGCUGCUGAUGGUGGUGGUUGCUGUCAUUUAUACAAAAGCAGCUACUCAACCGGUGUUGUCACUACCAAACUGCCCAGAAAAAUGUGGCUCUGUCGAUAUUCCCUUCCCAUUUGGAACCACCGUGGAUUGUUCUCUAAACAACACCUUUCUCAUCAAUUGCAACAAAACACUCGUACCAUUCUUGCCACAGAGUAAUCAACGUGUUAUAGACAUCUCGCUCGGUGGUACGCUGCGUGUUGCAUGGCCAGUAGCCAGUGAUUGCUACACUAAAAACGGUACACUCAUGAACCAAACAAUUCCGGAUAUCAACAUAACUUAUUUUCCCGCCUCGCCAACUCGAAACAAGUUGAUAGCAGUUGGUUGUGACACAGUUGGAGUAUUCCAAACAACUGAUUCUGGGGGAGGAAACUUCUUCAUAACAGCAUGUGUGGCUUACUGCAACAGGCUUAAUAAUAUUAGUGAUAUUAAAUCUUGCUCCGGCACUGGCUGUUGCGAGGUUUUAAUACCCCAAGGUGAUGUGUUUACAAAUGUAAAAUAUGGCUCUACUUCGGGCAUAGCGAAGAAUCACUCCUUAGUACAUAACUUCAAUCCAUGUGGUUAUGCGUUUUUGGUUGAAAAUGGAAACUACAGUUUUAAGCCCUCAGACCUCAAGUUGGAGAAGAAGGAGUUUCCAGUUUUGUUGGAUUGGGCAAUAGGGAACCAAACGUGCGAGCAAGCAAAGAAGGAUAAUUCAAGUUAUGCAUGUAAGGCUGACAAAAGUACAUGUCACAAUGCUGGAACCAAAAGAUCUGGUUACCUUUGCAGAUGCCUUGAUGGAUAUCGGGGAAAUCCUUACCUCAAUCAUGGUUGCCAAGAUAUUGACGAAUGCGUGGAAUCCAAUGAUUGUGUUAAGGAAGCAACAUGCAAAAAUCUUCCACCAGGAAGCUAUCAUUGUAAAUGCCCCGCAGGAUAUGAGGGAGACGGGAAAAAUAAUGGAACGAGAUGCAGUCACAAAUCAAGAAAAGAGCUCAUUUUGAUCAUUGCAUUAUGUGUCAGCGUAACCCUCGUAGCACUAUUGGUUGGAAGCUUUUAUGUGUAUUUGGCGUUGAAGAAAAGAAAGCUCAUUAAACUUAAACAACAUUUUUUUCAACAAAAUGGUGGCUUACUAUUACAACAACAGAUAGAGAGGUGCAGAGGAUCCAGUGAAACAGCUAAAGUCUUCACUGUUGAGGAGCUAAAUGAAGCAACCAACAACUUCCAUGAAAGCAGGAUCUUAGGCCAAGGUGGUCAAGGAACAGUUUACAAAGGAGUUUUAGAAGAUAAAAGAAUUGUAGCAAUAAAAAAGUCCAAAAUCAAUGACCCAAACCAGAUUGAGCCGUUCAUCAACGAAGUGGUCAUUCUUUCCCAAAUCAACCAUAGAAAUGUGGUAAAGCUCCUCGGUUGUUGUUUAGAGACAGAUGUUCCCUUGCUUGUUUAUGAAUUCAUUCCCAAUGGCACAUUAUACGAGCAUCUUCAUGAUGAAAACCAAUCUAUAAAGCUUACAUGGAAAACAAGAUUAAGAAUAGCAAAAGAAACUGCUGGUGUCCUGGCCUAUUUACAUUCUGCUGCUUCUACACCAGUCAUACAUAGAGAUGUGAAAUCUUCAAAUAUACUACUAGAUGACAAUCUCACUGCAAAGGUUUCUGACUUUGGAGCUUCAAGGAUUGUUCCACUUGAUCAUAGUCAGAUAACAACUCUAGUGCAGGGGACAUUGGGGUAUCUUGACCCAGAAUACUUCCACACAAGCCAAUUAACAGAUAAGAGUGAUGUUUAUAGCUUUGGGGUUGUCCUAGCAGAGCUACUGACAGGAAAGAAGGCAUUCUCUUUUGCCAGGCCAGAGGAAGAUAGAAACCUUGCAAUGUACUUUGCUUCAUCAAUUAAAGAGGGUCGGUUACUUGAUAUUUUGGACAAAAAUAUAGAAGAGGCAAAUAUUGAGAAAUUAAAGGAAGUUGCCAAUAUUGCAGAGAUGUGUUUGAGGGUGAAGUGUGAGGAAAGACCAACCAUGAAAGAAGUGGCAAUGGAACUAGAAGGAAUAUUUGUUAUUGAAGAACACCAUUGGGCAAGAGGCAACAUGCCCUCAGAAGAGAAUGAAAACUUGCUCAAAGCAACAUCAUCCAUAAUCGAUGUUGAAGAUAGCAUUGGCAGAAAUGGCAUUAGUUCUUCUAACUCAUACAGCAUAAACGAAAUUCCAAUGUCGUUGAUUGGUGGAAGAUGA